AUGUAUGCUACACAGUUGUUGUGGUUGGGAAUCAAUACUUUUCUUUUCGGCCACACUUUCUACCUGUACGAGCAAGGAGAAGCCUAUAUUUAUACCCGUGCACUUCUUGGAUCGGCACUGGCUUGGUCAAGAGCAUCUGCAACAUGUCUCAACUUAAACUGUUUCCUGAUACUGCUGCCAAUCAGUCGAAAUCUCAUUUCAUUCCUGAGAGGAUCAUGCAAUUGUUGUAGAAGCAAUAUUCGAAGGCAGCUGGAUAAAAACAUCAAAUUUCAUCAAAUGGUUGCAUACAUGAUAAUCUUACAGACAGUUAUUCAUAUAAUUGCUCAUCUGUUCAAUAUUGAACGAUACCAUGAAAGCUACUCACCUGCUGCCAAAGGCUUACUGACCAGGCUUUCCAGCAUCGGGACGAACUCCAGUGAAAGUUACCUCAACCCUAUCAGAACAUAUGACACGAACCCAACAAAAGAACUGUUAAGUAGUACAGCAGGAGUGACUGGCAUCAUCAUUACUGUGACUCUUGUUUUGAUGGCAACUUCAUCUGCACAGAUUAUUAUGAGGUCAUUUUAUGAGGUGUUUUGGUUCACUCAUCAUCUCUUCAUUAUCUUCUUUAUUGGUCUCAUCAUUCAUGGUUCCGGGCGUAUUGUUCGAGGACAAACUUCUCAGAGUCUUCAGGACCACAAUGUUACAUACUGCAGGGAUCAUCAUGAAGAAUGGGGAGACAUUCCAGAAUGCCCUUUACCACAAUUUUCUGGAAAUGAACCAGUGAGCUGGAAGUGGAUUUUGGGUCCGAUCUUUCUACACAUUUGUGAAAGACUGAUUCGGUUUUCCAGAUCCCUACAAGAAGUAGUGAUUACAAAGGUGAUUGUACAUCCCUCCAUGGUUCUUGAGCUGCAGAUGAAAAAGCAAGGCUUUAAGAUGAAACCUGGUCAAUACAUCUUCCUGCAUUGUCCUUCUAUAUCUCACUUUGAAUGGCAUCCAUUCACAUUGACCUCGGCAUCUGAAGAGGAACACUUUAGUAUCCACAUUAAAGUACUGGGAGACUGGACAAGUGCUCUGUAUGAUGCCUGUGGAGCUAAUGUAAAAGGAUUUCAGGAACCAUGGAAGAUGCCAAGAGUCGCAGUCGAUGGUCCUUUUGGAACUGCCAGUAUUGAUGUGUUCUAUUAUGAAGUUAGUGUGCUGAUUGCUGCAGGAAUUGGAGUAACCCCCUUUGCUUCCAUAUUGAAAUCAAUUUGGUAUAAGUACAGUCACCCAACGAUGAUGUCUAAAGUAAAGCGGGUCUAUUUCUAUUGGAUUUGCCGGGAUACUCAUUCAUUUGAGUGGUUUGCUGAUCUUUUGCAUUCUCUGGAAAUCCAAAUGAUGAAGAAUGGAAAGACUCAGUUCCUAAGUUAUCAUAUCUUUCUCACAGGCUGGGAUGAUUAUCAAGCUGCCCACAUUGCUUUGCAUUAUGGAGAGAGUAAAGAUGUUAUUACUGGGCUGAAACAGAAGACCUUCUAUGGCAGACCAAACUGGAACAAGGAAUUCAAAGGCAUCGCUGAUGAUAAUCCUGGGUCCAGUGUUGGUGUGUUCUUCUGUGGACCUAAGGACCUCUCUAAUGUCCUGCACAAAGUGUGUAAUUACUACUCAUCUCCUGAUCCCCGUGGUGUUCAGUUCUACUACAAUAAAGAGAAUAUUUAA